UAUGGAAGUUAAUAUUAAAGAAUUAAAUGAAGGUCCAGCAAUCGUAAUUGAUGGGCAAACAAAUGUAGAUUUGGAUUCAGAAAUAAAGGAAUUUAAAGAAGGCUAAACAAAGAACCCUACAUAAGUUCCUGUAAAACCUGGAAAAUAUAUCCUAACAAAUGGUGAUAAAGUUACAUUGAAAUUUGCAAAGGGUCUAAUCCUAUGUAAUCUUAUUGGAUUUGUUUUUUUAUUUGUAGGAUGUACUAUCAUCUAUACAAUCCUUAAAUCUAAUUGGUAUGAUGAAAUGAUAGUGUCCUUUUAAAUCUUCAUUUUUUCAGAUGUCUUUUUAGUAGGAGAAAAGAUUUUGUUUUUCGCAGCUUUGAUAAACAAAAAGAAAAUAGUUAAAUUAUGUCCCUUUUUAAAUGUUAUCUCAUUAUUACUGAAGAUAGUGGCUAGUGGAUUGAUUGUGUAAGAAAUUUAAUUAAUAAUAUUAGUCACAUGAUUCCUUGUGCAUUGGCAGUUAGUCUCGUUUUAGUGCUUCUCUAAAUGCCUCAUAAUAUCAUGAUUAAAGUGAUCACCAAAAGAUGGAGGAAUAUCCCUUAAAGAAAGUGGAAAAAGUAAUUAAUUUUAGUUAGAAAACCAAUCCCUUAGAAAUGAG